CAAAAAAAACACAGCCAGUGGAAAUUUGGGGUAAUUAAAGAUAAUCUAGUCUAGGCCAGGAAGAACAACAAAUUCUCUCUCUCAGACUCCGCCGUUGUGCUCAGGAGAAGCCAGCGAGCAGCAUCCAAUACAGCCAAAUUCUCUCUUUCAGUUAAAAUAAAAAGCCAGCUAGCAGGGCGAAAGAAUCAUAACAAUACAAUAACAAGGAAGGGCCGUAGAGUAGCUCUCUGGCUUCUGCAGGCUUCUGAUUUUUUUCCGGUCUCUUUCAUCAAAUGGCUUCUUCUGGUUCUGGAUCAUCACAGCAGUGCCCGCCGUUCGACUUCUCGGCCAAGUACUACUCCAGUAAUGGAGAUGGGUGCGUGAGGCAGGGCAGCUUCUUUGAGGGGAAACCCAUUUUGGGACAAGGCGUCGGCUACUCUGUCAUUCUUGGCUUCGGUGCUUUCUUUGCCGUCUUCACUUCUUUUCUGGUGUGGCUGGAGAAGAGAUACGUUGGGUCACGCCACACUUCAGAGUGGUUCAACACUGCUGGCAGGAACGUCAAAACUGGACUCAUUGCCAGUGUCAUUGUCUCCCAGUGGACAUGGGCAGCCACGAUCUUGCAAAGCUCAAAUGUAGCAUGGGAAUAUGGAGUCAGUGGACCAUUCUGGUACGCCAGUGGGGCUACCAUUCAGGUUCUGUUAUUUGGGGUGAUGGCCAUAGAGAUCAAGAGAAAGGCUCCACAUGCACAUACUGUGUGUGAGAUCGUAAAAGCUCGAUGGGGAACCCCUGCACACAUUGUGUUCUUAUUCUUCUGCUUCCUCACAAACAUCAUAGUCACGGCCAUGCUGCUCCUUGGUGGCUCGGCAGUCGUCAAUGCACUCACUGGAGUGAACAUCUACGCCGCGAGUUUCCUGAUCCCACUUGGUGUCAUCGUCUACACACUAGCUGGCGGCCUCAAGGCCACAUUCUUGGCUAGCUACAUACACUCAGUCAUUGUCCAUGUGGCACUUGUCAUCUUCGUCUACCUAGUUUACACAGCAAGCAGCCAACUUGGUAGCCCUGGAGUGGUGUACCGCCGCCUCAUGGAAGUGACGAGCAAAUCCAGAGCCUGCAGUGACCCAAUCUCCCACGCUGGCCAAGCAUGCGGUCCUGUUAAAGGAAACUACAACGGCUCUUACCUCACCAUGCUCAGUCCUGGAGGCCUUGUCUUUGGGAUCAUCAACAUUGUUGGAAACUUUGGCACCGUUUUCGUUGACAAUGGGUAUUGGGUGAGUGCAAUAGCUGCACGGCCAUCCUCAACGCAUAAAGGGUAUUUGUUGGGUGGCUUGGUUUGGUUUGCUGUACCUUUCUCUCUGGCAACAUCACUUGGUCUGGGAGCACUCGCCCUUGAUCUCCCCAUAUCUCAGGCUGAGGCAAGCCGUGGACUCGUUCCUCCUGCCACAGCUACUGCUCUUAUGGGGAAAUCAGGAUCAGUCCUCCUUCUCACCAUGCUUUUCAUGGCUGUGACUUCAGCUGGAUCGUCCGAGCUAAUUGCAGUUUCCUCACUAUGCACAUACGACAUCUACAGAACCUACAUUAACCCAAAUGCAUCAGGUAAAAAGAUCCUCAGAGUGUCGAGAGCAGUCGUACUAGGAUUCGGAUGCUUCAUGGGACUGCUGGCUGUGAUACUGAACAAGGCUGGAGUGUCACUCGGUUGGAUGUAUCUAGCCAUGGGAGUGCUCAUAGGCUCAGCUGUGAUUCCCAUUGCUUUUAUGCUCCUAUGGAGGAAAGCUAACGCAAUUGGCGCCAUAUUGGGAACUGUAAUCGGAUGUGUUCUGGGGAUAACUACAUGGUUAUCAGUUACCAGCAUCGAGUAUGGGAGGAUCGAUCUUGACACGACUGGCAGGAAUGCACCAAUGCUGGCUGGUAAUCUGGUUUCUAUACUCACUGGAGGAGCUGUACAUGCUGUGUGCAGUCUGGUGUGGCCUCAGAACUACGAGUGGGAUACCACGAGGAAGAUUACCACCGUUGAGAAGGACCGGAGUGAGCUGCCUGCAGAAGAGUUUAAGGAGGAGAAGUUGAAGAGAGCUAAAGCGUGGAUUGUGAGAUGGGGAGUUGCUUUCACUCUUGUCAUUGUUGUGCUGUGGCCACUUCUCAGCCUUCCUGCCAAGGAGUUUAACUUGGGGUACUUCACAUUCUGGGCAGUAAUUGCCAUAGCCUGGGGAACCAUUGGAUCAGCAGUGAUUAUAGCUCUGCCGUUGAUCGAGAGCUGGGGUACCAUCAGGAAUGUCUGCCUUGGGAUGUUUACAAAUGACAGGCUGAUGGAGAAGCUCGAAGAGAUCGACACAAAGCUGCAGACUAUCAUACUGACUAUCCCUGAAGCUGAGAAAAUGUACAUGCUUGAGAAGGAUAAAGCUACUGCGAAGAGGCGAGAGACCGAGCAUGAAGCGUAGUUUCUCGUUUGGAGUAAUCUGAAUGGAUCACCACCGCGUGUAAAUGAGCAAGUAAUUCUCUGUAGAUGGGUUCCUAGCAGUUUAAAGUAUUGCCACUCAGUCAGUAUCAUGAUUUGAGAGAGCAAGUGUGAUACUGUUGCUGUUUAUCAUUGAUCCUGAAACCCAGACCAAGGACAUUUCCUAUUUACAGUCCACUGUACAUUCUGGUUGUUACAUUAUAGCUGGCAAUGGCCAAAAAAUGGACGAGAAUGUAAUUGAAAUGAUAAAUACAAUAACAUCUC